UUCAGUUGCUUUGUCACAAUGUGUAUUGUUAUAAAUAAAGGUGGCUUGACUUGACUUACACACAAACACACUCUCCUAUGAACUCCACUUCACCUGUCCUACAUGUUUUUGGAUUGUAGGGGAAACCUGAGACCUGGAGGAAAACUACUGUUGGUUUAUUAUUUGUAAUUAGUGAAACUCUAAUUCAUCACAAAUAUAAUGAAAAUGUCAGGCUGGAAUGAAAACAAUAUUUAAUCAAACAUAAUUAAAAACCUAGUGGAAGUGUUUGCGAACGUGCAGUGAUUGUUCUCAUGUAUGGCCUCCUGUGCCCUGUUUGAUUGUCCCCACAGGUAAUAAGUGCUCUUUUGUGAUGUUUAACAAUAAACUGAAUGCUGAGAUCUCACAAAAUCUCAUCAUCUGUAGAUCUAGUAACAAGACAAGCUUACACAAAAUAUAGGAUUAGAUUUAAUAGACAUAGUUGGUUCAGAUAUGAGCUGGGUCUAUUGUGUUUGUCUUGUGUAACAACAUUGAUGUGGUUUUCAAAGAGCUGUGACCCUUUAAAGGAGACUAAUGAUUCUUGUUUCGCUCAAAAACUAUAACGAAGUCACAGCUGAACAUUGUGGAAUCUGACCUGGGAGUUUUCUAACAAAGGUAAAUGUUUAUCAGUUUUACAUGCUUAAAACAGAUAUAUUGAUAAAAGAACUUAGAACUGCUUAUUUUUCAUGUUUUUGUAGGAGCUGAAAUGGUUCUUCAACCCAGGAUUUCAUUGUUGCUCCUCCUCUGUUCAUCUCUUCUUGCAUUUGUAGCUGCUAAUUUCACUGAGACUCCCUGUGAUCGUCGCUGUCUGGCAAAUUCUCGGGUUCAGAAAGAACUGUUUAGUGCGCCACAGAGUGAUAACUGUACCAUCAUAGUGAACAUCACUUCAGUACUGUAUGAGACACUGUCUUUCGAUACAAAGGACAUGAAAAUGACCAGCCGUAUCAAGGUAAACAUGCUGUGGAACGAUCCUGAUCUUGGAUGGAUGCAAGAGAAAUCGAAAUAUCCAGCAAUUGUUUUGCCAGGUGAUAAAAUCUGGAUUCCUCGGAUAGUUUUGGACAACGCAAUAGAAACGAGCAUGGAGCCGUACGCUAACGAUGUGCAGGUGCGGCGGGAUGGAACUGUGCUCCAUUCAGUUGUUUUGUUCACGACGGUGAGCUGUGAGAUAAACCUCUUCAACUACCCCUUUGUGAAAGGGUCGUGCCCUGUGGCCAUCAAUGGGUGGAGCCAGAAAGCUUGCACGCUCACUCUCCAGAUCGCUGAUAAUGUGUCUUUGAUUGGCGGCAGUCGAGGAGAGUGGCAGACUACACACGUGAUCAAAACUGUGGAUUCAUCAAAUCGUGUUUAUCUCCAAGUGGCUCUGUUGAUUAACCCCUUCAGUGCUGUUGUAACCCUGAUCCUGCCCAGUGGACUGGUACUGCUGACUGACCUGGUGAGCUUUGCUCUGCCAUUUGAAGGGGGAGAACGCAACUCUUUUAAGGUCACCUUGGUCCUGAGCUUCACCAUGUUCCUUCUCAUCCUCAGUGAUCACUUGCCUAGCAGUGGCGAGUGUAGCCCCCUCCUACAUUACCACUUCUGCUUCUGUCUGGUGUGUUUGGUCAUGAGUACGCUGGCUUCCAUAGUGCUAACACGUCUGUCUAUAGAUAACAGCUUCUUACUGUGCAGAAGAUCUGCAAAGGUUCAUCCAUCAAACAGCACCGAAACACAACAUGACAGCCUGGAUCAGGAGAAAGAUAAAGGUGUGAUUGCAACCCAGUCUGGUAAUCUGGCUUCAGAGAUGGCCUCGCUCCAGGAAAUAGUGAACUUUUUGGAGAACAUGGAUAAAGGAGAAAAGGAGGCACAGAGUAAAGUGGCAUUAGCUUACCUCCUAGACAAGUUCUGCUUUGGCUUUUUUAUGAUGAUCUACAUAAUUUAUGUCAUAAUUCUUGUUGUUAUCACCAGAACAGACAUUUGUAAGGUUAAUAAUCUAGAUUUCUGGGAUGAGUCUCACCACAAUAAUGACAACUUUGACUACUCAUACACUGAACCAUAGUCAC